AUCAGCUGUGUCCAAUCACAGCUGAUCACAUGUAAACAGGGAAAUGACAGUUAUCGGCAUUUCUCUCCCCACGAGCUGUAACACUGACAGCUCAGCACUGAUGAUCUGUGUAGCCCCAGCACCGCCACCUGUCAGUGUCCAUCAGUGCCAGCUCUCAGUGCUCAUCCAUGCCACCUGCCAGUGCCCAUCAGUGCCACAUUUCAGUGCCACAUCAAUGCCACAUAUCAAUGCCCAUCUGAGCUGCCUUUCAGUGUCACCCAUCAGUGCCAGUCAGUGGCACCUAUCAAUGCCAGUCAGU